GUUCAGUUUGUGUUUGACGCGGACGACCAACAUGUGCUGUGCGAAUUUGUAUUUUUACAAAUUUCUAUGGAAGUGUUACGUUUAAAUUAACUAGUAAAUGAAUUAUCCGGGUGCUGAAUAAUUACUUGGUAAUUGCGCAGUUACAAUCGGUGAAUCAAAAUGUCGAGCUGGAAGAAAGCGGCAAAGUCAAAUCAAAAAGUGCACCGUGAGCGGGCCCAACCAGCUUCCCGCACUCAUCUCGGCAUCCUCGAAAAGAAGCAGGACUACAAGAAACGCGCCAACGAUCGCCACAAAAAAGAUGCCACGCUCAAAUUGCUCCGUAAGCGGGCACUGACUCGUAAUCCGGACGAAUUCUACCACCACAUGAUCAAUUCGAAGGUGGAAUCGGGCGAACAUCACGAGUUGGGAAAACAGGAUGAACAUUCUCCGGCGCAGAUACGUUUGAUGCAGACGCAGGAUCUUAAGUACAUCAACAUGAAGCGAACGAUGGAGGCCAACAAGAUUCAACGAUUGCAGGGAAGAUUGCACAUGACUGAAGUGGCUAAUCGGACCGAGAACAAGCACAUAUUUUUCGUGGACGAUGAAGAGGAGGCCAAGGGGCUUGACGUAGCCGAACGGCUUCAGACGCACCCGAGUUUGCUAGGCAGAAAAUCUAACCGGCCGAGGCUGGAUCAACUGAACAAUUUGGUUCUUGGCGUUCAAGAUGAAGCGACCAUUGUGGCUAUGAACCAGGAGCGUGAGAAAUCUUACAAAGAACUGCAACGCCGACUAGAGCGAGAGAAAGAGCUUACCAUUGUGCAGCAGAAACUGGAACUGAAGCGUGCUCUCCAGGAAAAGCGAUCACGAAAACCGAAACGGGUGGCCAAGGGUACAAAGGAUCAAGCACCAAUCUACAAGUUUAAAUAUGAAAGAAAGCGGUGAAUUAAAGCUUAGGAUUGUUAAUAAAU